AUGAGCAAACAUGAAUCUGAUGAACAGGAAGGUAUGUGUUAACUUUUAAUAUUUCUAAUAAGAUUUUUCAGAAGAUGAAGAUUUUGUGGAAGAGAAACCCCUUGAACCUAGACCAUAUAAGACAGAUCAUGAAGAUGAAACAAUUUAGGUAAAUUGACAAAUCUAUUGAUUAACAAAGGAAAUUCAAUCUAUUACUGUUAAAGAUAGACCAUUCAUUAAGAUGUAGUUUAUUAAAAAGAGAAAAGAGUUUGGGUAACUCUUAAUUAUAAACAUUUAGUUUAACAUUCAAAUUUAGCGAUUAAGAAACAUCUGAAAGAACAGGUGAGAUCAAGGCUCUUGAUAAGGAUCCACUUCAACUUGUUAAAAAUAAGGUUAUUGAAAUGGGCAUUUAAGGAUGCAAUCCUUUUCAAGAUGCUAGUUCUUAGACUGUCUGGAAUAGAAAAAUUAAUAAGGCUUUGCAAGUUGAUGAAGGAGAUGAAAGAUAAGAAUAAACAGAUGAAGAUUUUAAAUUACUUAAAUUUUUGGAAACUGUUUAUCCAUUAAUGGAGGAAGCAUUAUAAUCAAAUGAAACUAUUGAUAUAUAUUAGGAUGAUUUCAAUGUAUUGCCACUCUCAGAAUAAAAUGGAGGUAUCAUUAAAUAUUUAAUAAAAUUUUAGAUUAAAAUGCUGAACUUACUAAUGUGAUUAAGGAAAUCAAAAGUUUCAGUUAUUUAAAUUGUAAAGGUAAAAAAAUAUAAUGCAUUCAAUUUCAACCUACUAGUUAAGCAAUCAAAUCAAAGUAUAUUGUUGCAGAAUCUUUUGUGGAAAAUCUUCUUUUUGAAGAAAGAGCAAUAUAUUAAUUAAAAUCUCAUAAAUCACUUAUAGUAUUCUGGGAUUUUGAAGAUAUUCAUUCAAUAGAACCAGUGCUUCUUUUGUAAUCUCCACUUGAAAUACUCUCUUUUGAAUUCAAUCCCAAGGAUCCUAAUAUAAUAGUUGGUGGCACUAUCAAUGGUUAAGUUAUGUUAUGGGAUCUUAGUGGUACAGCUCUCUCUGUUUUUGCAUCUAAAAAAACUUAAAAAACUAAAUAAGAACGAAGUAUUAAUAGAUUUCUCACUAUUUUAAGAUGAAAUUUAAGAACUUUAACCUAAAAUGGUAUCAGCACUACAAGAUCCAGCAUCAUAUUAAGCUGGAUCAUCUAAUGAAAUUUUAAGAAAAUAAGUUGCAUCUCAUAAGAAUUCUGUUUUAGCUGUGAAAUGGUUUCCAAUAGGAAUGGAAUUUGAUAAGAAGCAUUUCAAUCAUCUUAUACUUACUACUUCUUAAGAAACUUAUUAAUUUGCUAGUAUUAGUUCUGAUGGUUAAAUUCUAUUUUGGGACAGUAGAUUGAUUGAUAAAGACAGUAAAAAGACAUAAUAAGAUGUAUAAAUCAUUCGAUUAUAAAUUAGAUAUCUACUAUACCUUGGAAGGCUACAUAUGGAAUUUAAUUGUAUAGACCAGAAGGUGGAGGAAUGAUGGGAGGAGGUUAAAUUUAAUUCAGAAAAAGUACAUUUUAAAUUUAAUAAAAAUAGAUUAAAAAACUCCAACAUUAUCAGGAACAUCAGAUGAAGGUGAAGUCUUUACUUUAGAUUGGGGAGAAAAAUAAGGAGAAGAAGGAUAAAAGAAUUAAUUAGUGUCUUCAAUUUGGUAAUAAUAAAGAAGUAUGAGACCACCUAUUGCUUUGGAUGUAAGUCCAUUCUUUGAAGAUGUUAUACUUACUUUACAUGAUUUCAAUUUUUGUGUUUGGAAACAAAAUGUCACUUUUCCAAUAUUUGAAAGUUUAAUCAUGAAAGGAGCCCACAUAACUUGUGGUGGAUUCUCUCCCUAUCGUGCUGGUGUCAUAAUUAUAGGAAAGACUGAUGGUAAUUUGGAUGUUUGGGAUAUGUUGGAUUAAUCUCAUAAAUAAACUAUUUAAUUCUAAGUUGUUGCAUGUGCUAUAACAUCAUUAAAAUUUAAUGACAAUAUGGCUCAUAUUGUGGCUGUUGGUGAUUCAGAUGGUACUUUGCAUCUCCUUGAAUUUCCAUAAAGUUUAUGUAAAGAUUAAGGAAAUGAAGUCAAAGCUAUGAGAUUAUUUUGGGAAAGAGAAGUUAAAAGAGUAAAUUAUUAUUCUGAUAGAUUCAAAAUAAGAGAAUAAUAAGCAAAAUAAUAAAAUGAAAAAGAUAUCUAAUAAUAAUAACCAGUUAAAGAAACAAAAUAAUCUGGUGAUGUAUAUAUAUAUAUAAUUAUUAUCAUAAUAGACUAAAGUAUUAGAUGAAAUAGCAUACUUUGAAAAUGAAUACUAAAAAUUCAAAGAUGCUUUACUUGGUAUUGGUCCCAAACCAGAAGAUGAAAAAGGUGCUACAAAAGGCAAGAAAUGA